GCAGCGCGCCGCAGGGGCGGCCCCGCUGAGGCAGCGGCGGCAUGUGGGCUCCGCGCCGGCCGCUCGCCGGCCUCGUGUCCCGGUGCGCCCGGUCCGGCCCCGCCCCCUCCCGGACCCCCCUCCGGGACCCACCGGAGCGGACCCGGAGCACCGGACAGGGGUCCUGGGCCGGGUCCUGGUGGUGGCUGCUCCGCGGCCGGUACCGAGGCCGCACCGGGGAGGCGGAGCCGGCCGGGAGCACCGGAGGCGGCGGACGGGGGUCCUGGGCCUGGUUCCUGCUCCGCGGCCGGUACCGGGGCCGCACCGGGGAGGCGGAGCGGGCCCGGAGCACCGGAGGCGGCGGACGGGGGUCCUGGGCCUGGUCCUGGUGGUGGCUGCUCCGCGGCCGCGUGGCCUUCGCCGCCACCGGGCGGCUCAUGGCGACCCUGGCCGGGGUGUUCGUGUGGGACGGGCAGCGCAUCGAGGAGGAGGAGCUGCAGCGCUCUGCGCAGGAGAUGAAGCACAUGGAGAACAUUUCCAGCCUGUUCCAGGGGGAUUCCCAGCGCCUGGAGCCGCGAGUGGAGCAGGGGGAGCAGCCCUGGGAGAUGAUCAUGGAUAAGAAGCACUUUAAGCUCUGGCGACGGCCGAUCGAGGGCACCCACUUGUACCAGUACCGAGUGUUCGGGUCCUACACGGAUGUCACUCCCCGGCAGUUCUUCAAUGUGCAGCUGGACACUGAGUACCGGAAGAAAUGGGACUCCCUGGUCAUCAAACUGGAUGUGAUCGAGAGGGACUCGGCCACAGGCUCCGAAGUGAUCCAUUGGGUCACACACUUCCCGUAUCCCAUGUAUUCCCGGGACUACGUGUACGUGCGACGCUACAGUGUGGACCGGGAGAACAACCUGAUGGUGCUGGUCUCACGGGCUGUGGAGCAUCCCAGUGUCCCGGAAGAUCCCGAGUACGUCCGGGUCAGGACCUAUGAGUCCCAGAUGGUGAUCCGGCCCCACAAAACCUUCGAUGAGAAUGGGUUUGAUUACCUGCUGACCUACAGCGACAACCCCCAGACCGUGUUCCCCCGUUACUGCCUCAGCUGGAUGGUCUCCAGUGGAAUGCCGGAUUUCCUGGAGAAGCUGCACACGGCAGCUCUGAAAGCCAAGAAGCUGGAGCUGGAGGUUCGGGAUUACCUGUCAGCCAAGGGGCUGGAGGGCAGCGAGGCCAAGGCCGAAGGCAGCCGCAGCCCCGCGCAGCUGGAGUAUGCCUGAGGAUCCCAUGGGAUCCAGGGGUGCUGGACUGGGAAUGAUGGGGGGGGAAUAUCCCAUAUCCCCCUUUGUUAACCCCUCCCCCCCCAGCUCCUUGUGCUGUCCCUUUCCAGCCUCUUGGAAUGGUUUUGGGUCUGAAUUUUGUAUGGAUGGAGCUGGAUGGGGUUGGAGGAGGAUGCUCCACAUCACCCAUCAUGGGGGGGUCCCCACCCAAAGCCCAUCCAACCUCCUCACCUUGAACUGGGGAGGCUGAACUGGGUUAACUGGGAUGAGGGAACCGCUCUUGGGGUGGGUUUGAUCCCAGGGCUGAUCCUGCCGGAUUCCAGCCCAAGGGGGGGGGCCUCAUGUCACAGGCCCCUCACUGGGAAUCCCGUUUCACUUCCCACCUUCAGGAACCCCAUUGGAGGAUGUCCCUAUGGCAGCGUUAAUGGGGUGUCCCCCUCCUCCAACCCCCCUUUAACCCCCUUAGGAACUGACCCCCCUAUUCUAUAUAAAUGUGAAUUCCCACCUAAA